GUCUAAAUUUAGAGAGAGGCUAAGAUUUCUUGUUAACAGCUGUCCUGCCCCUCAGAGAAGAAGCAGAGGAGAGGAGUGAGUGCCGGGUCCCUGUGUCACUGAUCGGGGCCCCAGGCCUAGGGUGGAUACACAGGCAGACCUGCGAGGCUGACAGGCCAUCAUGGCGACCAGUGGGGACCCAGAGGAGGAGCAGGUGGUUCCAGGCGAGGACGAUGAAGUUGACGUGAGAGCAGUGCAGGCCCGCUACCUCCGAAGCCCUUCACCCAGCCAGUACUCAAUGGUCUCUGACGCGGAAACUGAGAGCAUCUUCAUGGAGCCCAUUCACCUCUCCUCCUCUGUUGCUGCCAAACAGAUCAUCAAUGAAGAGCUCAAGCCUCGAGGACUCCCCACAGACACAGAGUGUCCGGGCAUGCUGGAGUCUGCUGAGCAGCUGCUGGUGGAAGACCUGUACAAUCGUGUGAAGGAAAAGAUGGAUGACACCAGUUUAUACAAUACCCCUUGUGUACUGGACCUGCAGCGAGCUCUGGUCCAGGAUCGCCAGGAGGCCCCCCGGAAUGAGGUGGAUGAGGUCUGGCCCAACAUCUUCAUAGCUGAGAAGAGCGUGGCUGUGAACAAGGGGAGGUUGAAGAGGCUCGGGAUCACCCACAUCCUGAAUGCUGCACAUGGCACUGGUGUGUACACUGGCCCCGAAUUCUACACUGGCCUGGAGAUCCAGUACCUGGGAGUGGAGGUGGAUGACUUUCCGGAGGUGGACAUCUCUCAACAUUUCCGGAAGGCUGCCGAGUUCCUUGAUGAAGCACUGCUGACCUACAGAGGGAAAGUCCUGGUCAGUAGUGAAAUGGGCAUCAGUCGAUCAGCAGUGCUGGUGGCUGCCUACCUGAUGAUCUUCCACAACAUGGCCAUCCUGGAGGCCCUGAUGACCAUGCGCAAGAAGCGGGCCAUCUACCCCAAUGACGGCUUCCUGAAGCAGCUGCGGGAACUCAAUGAGAAGCUGAUGGAGGAGAGGGAAGAGGACUACGGCAGAGAGGAGGGAGAGGAGGGCAUCGAGGAGGGCGAAGAUAUGGGGAGCACAUUUGGGGCCAGAGUGCACGACUUGACAGUAGAGGAGGAGGAUGACACCACCAGCCACUUGAGCCAUCUGAGCGGCUCCUCCUUGGGGAAGGCCAGCCAGGCCUCCCGGCCUCUCACCCUCAUUGACGAAGAGGAGGAGGAAAAGCUGUAUGCAGAGUGGAGGAAGCGGCAGGGCCUGCCCGAAAGCAGGGCUCCCCAGAGCGGAGAGGGCAGGGGCUCUGUAGCCUCUGGCCGGGAUGGGGAUGAGCAUGAAGAUGAAGAUGAGGAUGAGGAUGAGGAUGUGAGGAAGAUCAUCCAGGAGUGGCAGAGCCGAAAUGAGCGGUACCAAGCUGAAGGGCAUCGGCAGUGGGGUCUGGAGGAGCAGGAGGAAGAGGAGGAGAGUGACACAGGCUCCUCCAUAGGGCGGAGACGCAGACGCACCCUGAGUGAGAGCAGCAUCUCUGAGAGCGUGAGCAGCCAGGACAUCCAGGUGCUGAAGCAGCAGCUGGAGAUGAGCAGCCGGAGCAGAGGUGGCAGGCACCGCGCAGACUCGGUGUCCACUGAGAGCACCUGGGACGUGUGGAAUGAGAGGCUGCUGGAGAUCGAGAAGGAGGCUGCUCGCAGGUACCACUCCCAGAGCAGGAGGGAGGAGGGAGCCGCUAGCUCAGAGGCCGGGAGCAGGCUGCGGGAGGACGAUGAGGACAGCGUGACCUCGGAGGCCAGCUCCUUCCAUAACUUCUGCAGCAGGAACAAGGAGAAGCUCACUGCCCUGGAAAGGUGGAAGAUCAAGAGGAUUCAGUUUGGAUUUCACAAGAAAGACUCUGAGGUGGGGGAUGGCAGCAGUGAGCCUGGGGCCGAGGAGGAAGAGGGGGAGAAGAAGAGCCUCUCAGAUGUCAACCUGACAGCCUACCAGGCCUGGAAGCUGAAGCAUCAGAAGAAGGUGGGCAGUGAGAACAGGGAGGAGGUGGUGGAGAUGAGCAAGACAGAGGACACAGCCUCGGCCAAGAAGAGGCAGCGCAGGCUGGAGCUCCUGGAGCGGUGCAGGCAGACGCUGGAGGAAAGCCAGUCCAUGGGUAGCUGGGAGGCAGGCAGCUCAGUGGCCAGUGGGAGCAUCCCCCUGUCGGCACUAUGGUCUGCAGCCUCUUCGGUCAGUGCCGACGGGGACAAUGCAUCAGUGCUCAGCACUCAGAGCCACCACUCCCACAUGUCCCAGGCUGCAAGCAGCAUAGGACCACGCUCAGCCUGCACACCCAUUCCCCCCCUGCCUAACCUGCCUGUGGGGCCCAGCGACGCCAUUGCCAUCGCCAGCAUCCAGAACUGGAUUGCCAGUGUAGUCACUGAGACCCUCGCCCAGAAGCAGAAUGAAAUGCUAUUGCUGUCUCGCCCACCAUCUGUGGCAAGCUCGAGGGCUGUACCAGCAGCCAGCUGCCCGGGGGAUGACCAGGUGUCCAUGCUCAGUGGACAGAGCAGCUCUUCCCUGGGGAGCUGCCCGCUGCUGCCCAGCCAGGCCAGAGCCAGUUGUGAUGCACAGUCCCUGCUGUCUUCCAGCUCCGCGCUGAGCUCAAGGGCCCAAGGCACGGGGAGCAGCAUUAGGGGGACCAGCAAGCCCAUCUACAGCCUCUUUGCUGACAAUGUGGACCUAAAGGAGCUCGGCCGGAAGGAGAGAGAGAUGCAAAUGGAGCUGAGGGAGAAGAUGUCAGAGUACAAAAUGGAGAAACUGGCUUCGGACAAUAAGCGCAGCUCCCUUUUCAAGAAGAAGAAGAUCAAAGAAGAUGAGGAUGAUGGUGUGGGCAAUGGGGAUGAGGACACAGACAGUGCCAUCGGCAGCUUCCAGUAUUCCUCCCGCAGUAAUUCCCAAAAGCCUGAAACAGACACCUCCUCCUCCCUGGCUGUCUCUGGUCACUAUGGAAAUGGCAGCAGAGCUGGCAAAGACAGGGAUAGCAGCAUUAGUAAGUGGCUGAGUGGCCUAGGGACAGAGGAAAGAUCUCCUCCUCAAAGUGACUGGUCAGGAAGCUCCAGAGGAAAGUACACCAGAUCAUCUUUGCUCCGGGAAACCGAGUCUAAAUCUUCUAGUUACAAGUUCUCUAAAUCCCGGUCACAGGAACAGGAUACCUCCUCCUACUAUGAGGCAGAUGGCAGCUCGGUAAGAAGCACCUCGCGGUUCUCUUCUUCCUCCACCAGGGAGGGCAGAGAAAUACAUAAGUUCUCCAGGUCCACAUUCAGUGAGACCGCAAGCUCUCGAGAGGGGAGCCCAGAACCCUACUUCUUCCGCCGGACCCCCGAACCUUCCCAAGGGGAAGAGUCCCCGGAACCCCAGCGUCCCAGUUGGGGCAGGUCCAGCAACUGGGAAGACGUGGAAGAGUCAUCCAAAUCAGACUUCUCUGAAUUUGGAGCCAAGAGGAAAUUCACCCAGAGCUUCAUGAGAUCUGAAGAGGAGGGAGAGAAAGAGAGAAAGGAAAACAGAGAAGAGGGGAGGUUUGCAUCUGGGCGGCGGUCCCAGUAUCGGAGGAGCAACGACAGGGAGGAAGAGGAAGAGAUGGAUGAUGAGGCCAUCAUCGCUGCCUGGAGACGACGGCAGGAAGAAACUAGGACUAAGCUGCAGAGGAGGAGGGAGGACUGAGCUGGGCCAGGCUGACCGGAGAGACUGAGCACGGGAGGAAGCUGCACAGCUUAACACCGGGCUCAGAGGGCACAUUGCUACUACCCAUCAGGGGAUGACGAUGCAGAGAGGAUGUUCCAAAGGGCAGACCUGAAAGUGCCCAAGAGAAGGGGACCGGAGGUACAGUCAGGAAGAGGAAGAGAGAAGAGCAGUCAGUGUGAGGUCCAAACGCUGGACCACCUGACCCUGUUUUUGUUGCCCCAAAUCCUCUCGAUUUUGGUGCUUCUCUUAGGUAUUUGGUAGUAUCCAUGCUAAGCUGCAGUGGUGAGCUUGACAAGAAAGACACUGUAGUGUGCCGGAGACUUUAGCUUACAUCCAGGAGGCCAUGAAUACAGGAUAUAGUUCUGUUUGCAGAGGUUUUAUAACAAGGCCUAGAAAACUCAGCUUGCAGCAAAUCUGACCUCUCUUAGCAAUGCUUAGCUCUGAUUAUUUCUUUUUAAUGUUUUACAUGUUUAUUAAAUUGGUAUGUUGUCAAUA